AUGCAUCGGCAGUGUAUCGCUGUUGUCAAAGCAGUCUUGAUUCAUGUGGCAUUCCACAAGUUCUGGAGUGCUACAGAGGCCGUGCCGUGGUCUUUUGUAAAGAUAGAUUCGCUAGUUACUGGCCGCUCGCAAGACCGCUCGUAUAUCUCUGGGGAAAACGGCGUUCCAGGUCACUCCCGUCCCCCGCGUCCGGAGAAAGACCACACGAGUCCCACAGGGACUUCGCUAAGACACGAGACGAGAAACACAAGUGUUAACCCGCCCCCGCAGGAACAACCGCUAAACCCGUCAUCACCUGACGCAGACCCGAAAAGAGACCAGCACAAUGUCACCGAGACGCGGCGCAGUUGCUCGAAGGUGCCGUUCUCAGUGGGGAAGUCCUGCAGCAGAAAUGUCGUGAAACAAAAGUCUUACUCGUGUCCAUCGGAGUUCUUUCCGGAGGUAUGCAUCGAAGUUGAGCAGACGAAGACAGUCGACUGCAAGAGAGUCUCCAAAAGAGAAAUCGGGUACGACUGCCCACAAGUUACUUCCAAAAAAAUAUGUUACAAGGUUCCCAGGACAAUGCCUUCAAUCUGCACUAGAAAAACGUCCAAGUUCUCCAGGCGACCAUGCCCCAGAAUAGUGAAAGAACUCGUUUGCAGAAACAAGACAUCACAAGUCGACGACACCUGCCCAGCGAGUGUGUCUGAAGAGCUACCGUAUCCGUGUGAGAAAGCUCAGCCUCGACUCGAAUGCGACGUUCAGUUCCAGCUCGAAGCCGCUACUUGCACGCGUGAGGUAGAGGCGCCCAUUACCUAUGAAUAUGAGACUACUGAAACAGAACGGCAGUGCCGGCGGGAGAAUAGGAAAAUACACAAAACAUGCUCAAAAGAUAUAGUAGUCGACGAGGAGUAUCCGUGCCCAAAGAAAGUCCUGAAGCCGCAGUGCGAGGUAGUGACAGAAGACCGCCAUAGCAGCUGCACACAAACCAGGAUGCACACUGAAUCAUACCCGUGCGAAGAGGUCGUAGUACAGAGGCGGCCAAGCACCUGCACACGGUUGGCAAAGAAAAACGGGAAUCAGCUUAAACCAUGUUCCAAUGAAGCAGACAGCUGCGAAGAGUCAGUUGCCGAGAUCGCCUCUCUGGAAACUUUUCCCUGUGCAAAAAAUAUCCCCGUGGUGGUACCGUCCGUGUGCACGCGAGAGGUUCCAUACGAAGCCGUUGUUCCCUGCCUUGAGAAAGUUGCUGUGGAAAGGUGCUCGAUUACGGAAGAGACGAUGCCUGAAACUUGCAAACGCCAAGUAACUCGACAAGAAAAGUACGCUUGUGAAGAAGUCGUGGAAGUGGAGGAGUGUGAGGAGACUCCACGGAAGAAGAAAAUGACGGGGACGCUGCGAAUUGACACCCGGAUAGAGCGCUACGACUGCGAAAGGCCAGUAUCGGCGGAGAAGUGCACAGAAAUUAUUGAUUUAGUGCCUGUGACAUGCUCUACCUCGGUACUCAAGACUAUCGAUAAGCCAUGCACACGUAGCUACGUCGAAGAAUUAUGCGAGGUUGUCGAAAAGAUCGUAGAGGGAACCUGUAUCGAAGAGGAGUCCGUCGAUGAGGAGUAUGUGUGUCCCAGACUCGAGUUCGAAGAGAAGUGUCUUACGGUCCCCCAGUGGGAACUAAAAAAAUGCACCAAAGAGAUUGAAGAAGAACUGGACGACAGCUGUACUCAAAUCCUUCCUGUGAUAGAGUGUACGCCGGCCGCUACGCCAACAGCUCGGACAUGUUUCAGUGACUUCGAGGAAUCUGUCACGUAUCCGUGCUAUUCGGUUGAAUAUCGCGAGGAGUGUCGAGAUGUCGCAUCUACCCAAGGUGAACUACAGACACAACAAGCCUGA